UCGAAUACCUAUCGAUUUUUGGUCACACCGCGUGUUCUGUUUAUAAUUUGGAACUCGAGAAUUUUCUUAAUUUUGCUAAAUAAAUCAUGGACGACGAAGCGGAGACCUACAAGCUAUGGCGCAUUCGCAAGACCAUCAUGCAGCUUAGCCACGACCGCGGUUAUCUGGUGACCCAGGAUGAGUUGGACCAGACUUUGGAACAAUUCAAGGAGAUGUUCGGCGACAAGCCCAGUGAAAAGCGACCGGCUCGUUCCGACUUGAUCGUCUUGGUGGCCCACAACGACGAUCCCACCGACCAGAUGUUCGUCUUCUUCCCGGAGGAGCCUAAGAUCGGAAUCAAGACCAUCAAGACCUACUGUACCCGUAUGCAGGAGGAGAACAUCCACCGAGCCAUCGUUGUGGUUCAGGGCGGCAUGACUCCAUCCGCCAAGCAAUCCCUCGUGGACAUGGCUCCCAAGUAUAUUCUAGAGCAGUUCCUCGAAUCCGAGCUGCUGAUCAACAUCACGGAGCAUGAAUUGGUUCCUGAGCACGUGGUCAUGACCGUCGAGGAGAAACAGGAGCUGCUCAGCCGAUACAAGUUGAAGGAGAACAUGUUGAUGAGGAUCCAGGCGGGUGACCCGGUGGCAAGGUACUUUGGACUCAAGCGCGGCCAGGUGGUCAAAAUCAUCCGAUCCUCGGAGACGGCCGGUCGGUACAUCUCCUACCGAUUGGUAUGCUGAUACUGUCCUAGGCGAUUUCCGAUCUAUAAAUUUAGCUUAAGAACUCUAUGAUUUAACGAUUUAAGAUAAAGACAGCGAGUUUUAUACGUCAAUAAAUCGCAAUCUUUUCGAA